CAGACAGUGAGAAGAGGAAAAAAGAGGGUUUUUGAGUUUUGAGUUUCUCUCAGGGAAGCUGGAUGGUAUAUUCUGAAUCUGAUCUUGUUUAUGAUUUUUAUUGGAAUUCAGCUCUUUCUGAAACUUGGGUUGUGAUUAGAUUUUUGUUUGAGUUUGUAUAACUCUAGAUUCAGAUUCAUCUUACUUCAUUGCUUCUCAAGGUUAGAAUCAUAAAUGUUUGAAUCUUUUUUGUCUGUAGUUGAUGUAGAGUGCAGAUAAGAACUAAAACAAGUAAGGGUUUCAAGUUUUGUUUUUGUUUUUUUUCUUAGUAUUUGAUUAGAUCUCAGAGGAAUUGUAAUUUUUUGUUUUUGUUUGUAAAAGUGAAAAAUGACAUCUGUAGAUCCAAUGGGGUUGUUUAGUUUUAGUGUUAAAGUUGUUUAAAAUCUUUGUUUGUAAUCAUGUUGAUUCAAAAGUGGAAGUUCAAGAAAUUUGUACAGUUCAACAAGGUUGAAACCCUAGAUUAGUAUGUUGUUGGCUGUAUCCAAAAAAUGUCUGAUUUUCUUGAGGAGGUGUUGGAGUUAGUGUUUGGUUUCCUUACAACACACCAAGACAGGAAUGCUGUUUCUCUUGUUUGUAAGUCAUGGUUUCGAGUUGAGAGAUGGAGUAGGGAAAGAGUUUUUAUUGGAAAUUGUUACGCCAUUACUCCUGAAAGAUUGAUUACUAGGUUUCCGAGAGUUAAGGCUCUCACAUUGAAAGGGAAGCCUCAUUUUGCUGAUUUUAAUUUGGUUCCUCAUGAUUGGGGAGGUUUUAUAUAUCCAUGGAUUGAAGCUAUGGCUAAGAGUUAUCCAGGGCUUGAGGAGCUUCGGUUGAAGAGAAUGGUUGUCUCUGAUGAUAGCCUUGAAUUGUUAUCUCGUUCGUUCCCCAAUUUCAAGUCGCUUGUACUUGUCACUUGUGAAGGGUUUACUACAGAUGGACUCGCUGCUAUUGCUGCUAACUGCAGGGUUCUGAGAGAGCUGGACUUGCAAGAAAAUGAAGUUGAUGAUCAAAGGGGCCACUGGCUGAGCUGUUUUCCACAAACAUGCACUUCUCUUGUCUCUUUAAAUUUUGCAUGUCUAAAAGGAGAGGUUAAUUUGGGAGCCCUUGAGAGGCUUGUGGCCAGAUGCCCAAACUUAAGAAGUCUGAAGCUAAACCGUUCAGUUCCCCUUGAGAUGCUCCAGAGAAUCCUAAAUCUCGCUCCUCAUCUCGUGGAUUUGGGCACUGGUUCGUACAUCGAUGAACCUGAGUCUGAGACCUACGGGAAAUUCUCGAAGGCCGUCAUCAAAUGUAAAUCUGUCAGGAGUUUAUCAGGGUUUUUAGAGGUUGCUCCUGCCUGCUUACCUGCUAUGUAUUCCAUUUGCUCAAACCUGACUUCCUUGAACUUGAGCUAUGCACCAGGAAUUAAGGGUACUGAGCUCAUCGGAAUAAUUCUUCGCUGCAACAAACUUCAACGACUAUGGAUAUUGGAUUGUAUUGGAGAUAAAGGGUUAGAAGUUGUGGCUUUUAUUUGUAAAGAGCUACAAGAGUUGAGGGUGUUUCCAUCCCUUCAUGGUGCAGAGAAUGCAUGUGUAACGGAACAUGGGCUGGUUGCUUUAUCCAUGGGUUGUCCGAUGCUUAAUUCAUUGCUAUACUUCUGUCAUCAGAUGACAAAUGCUGCCCUCAUAACUGUGGCUAAGAACUGCCCCAAUUUCGUUCGCUUUAGAUUAUGCAUCCUUGACCCCAAAAAGCCCGACCAUGUCACGUUACAGCCGCUAGAUGAAGGCUUUGGAGCAAUUGUUGAGUCUUGCAAGGGGCUCAGACGAUUGUCACUUUCUGGUCUUUUGACCGACAGGGUUUUCAUGUACAUCGGGAUGUAUGGGGAACAAUUAGAGAUGCUUUCUGUUGCAUUUGCUGGGGAUAGUGAUAAGGGAAUGCUUUAUGUGUUGAACGGGUGUAGGAAACUCCGGAAGUUGGAAAUCAGGGAUAGUCCGUUUGGUGAUAUGGCGCUUCUGAGAAACAUGGGAAAGUAUGAAGCAAUGCGAUCCCUUUGGAUGUCAUCUUGCGAUGUUACUCUCAGAGGCUGCAAGACUCUUGCGAACACGAUGACGAAGCUCAAUGUGGAAAUCAUGAAUGAAAGUCAGGAGAAACUCAAUGAUAGUCAGAAGGUAGAUAAGAUGUAUGUAUACCGAUCCCUAGAUGGACCUCGAAGGGAUGCUCCCGACUUUGUUUGGACCUUGUGAGUGAACUGGUGACAUUGCUGCCUUGUGUUAGGUAUGUACUUUAUGGCUUUGUAGGAUUUUUCGUCUUUCAAAUGUUUUUCUCUGAACUUUUUCUCCUAUGACCAGUGGAAAGUUAUGUUUGUUGUAUUCAGUUAUUAAAUAUCGUCUAAUAGUUCGUUCUAUAUAUUAUGAAAAUAUUCUGGUUGUGAUUUA